UAAAGUGUGUACUAUUAGAACGGCUCAAUAAGUUUUGAACUCAUUAAGUUAAUAUAGGGUGAAAAAAGGUGAGCAAGUGGUUUGCUAAGCUCUCAGCUGUACGCAGGCUCAUACUAUAUAGUCCACCUGCACACCUACUGGCUACUAUAACUAUUUCUAAAUUCAAAUUUCAUUUCACCGUUGAUGCAGUGUAAUAAAACUUUGCGUUGAUAUUCUCGUUAUCACUUAUCAUAGUUUUAUGGGCUAUGACGUCAUGAAUUUUACAAAAAUGUACAAUCAAGUAGUGUCACUUAUCUAUAGGAACUCCGUGAAUCGUGAUAAUCAGAAAAGUAAAACUUGAAUUAAAAUUUUCAAUUUAUAAAGCAAUUUAACACUGCAAAAGUGGAAUUAACUACCAUCAGUUUUAUAAAAUAUAUGCAAUUUGUCGAUGUCAAUAUCGUAUUAAUAUUUUAUAAAUCAUCCGUAACAAUGUGUAGCGUUAUUGAAGAAGGUGCUGUUGUCUUCGAAACACUUAAUCAAGUUGAACCAUUAGAAUUAAAAUGUCGUAAAUGUUUAAUCGAAGAUGGAAAUGUUGUUUUACAAAAAAAAUAUGUAUAUUGCAAGACUUGUUUUGUGCCUAUGGUUACUCAUAAGUUCCGUGCUACACUUGGAAAAUCAAAAUUAGUUAACAGAGGUGAACGUGUUCUAGUAUGUGUAAGUGGUUCCCUAUCUUCAGUAUCUUUAUUGCAUAUGAUAUGGACAGGACUACAGCAAUCUACGUAUAAGAGAUUAACAUUUGAUCCUGUAGUAUUAUAUAUUGAUGAAAGUGUUUUACACAAUUAUCCCCAUGAUCAAGAGGAUAAAAUAAAAGAACUUUUUGAAAAAUAUGGUUUAACUUACCACAUAGUAAAGUUUGCUGCAGCUGUUUACUCAGAUAAUUGUUUGAAUGAAGAAAGAUAUAUUGACCAAUAUAAUGAUAAACUAAAGAAUAUUUUUAACAGUUUAUCUGACCUUACAUUAAAAGAAGAUAUGUUAAUGAAACUUCGCAAAUAUGCAAUAACAAAAUUGGCUGAACUGUUAAAAUGUACCCGUAUAAUGACAGCAGAAAAUGAACAUAAAUUAUCUAUUCGAUUGCUUUCAAAUGUAGCUUUAGGACGUGGAUCUCAAACAUCUUUGGACAUAGGGCUUGCAGUUAAUAAUAAAAAUAAUGACAAAACAUCUUUAGUUACAAUACGGCCUAUGAGGAAUCUGUCUGCCAAAGAAAUUUCAUAUUAUGCUUUGUUCAAUAAUUUAGAUGAUUUUAUGCAUUCAAAUUUCUUAACAGCUACUAGUGAAGAUGAAUCGAUUCAAAAAACUACAGAACGGUUUGUAAACGAUUUGCAAGUUGAUUUUCCUUCAACUGUGUCUACAAUAUUUAGAACUGGGGAAAAAAUUUCCGAAAAAACAUCAGCUAUAAGUUAUUGUUUAUUAUGUCAAGGCAUCAUGGACGUCAACAUGUCACCUUCUUCGGCUAUGGAAGCAACAAAGUAUUCAAAAUAUGUUUCGUUGAUGGGAGUUAAAGCAUUAGAACUUAGUUUAAAAGAUGUUAAAAAUGAAGAGGCUAAUCAAAAAAAUUGUACUGGUUGUAAAUGUAAAAAACAGGAUUUAAAAGAAGAAAUUAUUGAAGGCUUAUGUUAUGCUUGUACACAUAUAAUUCAAAACUUAGAAUCUUUGGAUGAUUUACCAAAAGAUAUACUGAGUAAAGAAAAAGAAAGAUUGCAAUUUAAAAUGAUGGAAGAACAAAUUAAAGAUUUUUUGUUGUGAGAUUCUUAAUAAAUGGUUAACAAAGUAA